CCGGAAAUACGUCACUGAGUCAAAAUGGAGUCACGUUUGAAGGUUCUCCGACUUUUUAAAGCUCUUCAUAGAACAAGAAUGAAAGUCUUUAAAGAUGAUGAUAGGGCAUUGACAGCUGCAAAACAGAAGAUAAAUGAGGAGUUCAGGAAAAAUAUGCACGAAACAUCUGGAGAAAAUCUUCAAAAGAUGAUCAAAAUGGCUUCAGAUGUUGAGAUAGUACUUCGACAAAGUGUUGUACAAAUGGAGCAUGUUGGAGAAAAAAAGCUGGUACUGCGACCUAGAGAGGAGCUGCUCUUAGAAAAUGUACCUUACUGUGAUACACCAAGGAAGAAGUUGUGAUCAAUGUUUGGACUGUGCCCUAAUUUCUCAAAAACUACAGUUAUGCAAGUGUGCCAUUUAAUGAAUUCCCACAUCUCACUGACAAGCAAGUUCUUCCAUUUCAAAAGUGGAUAAACAGAAUAAUUAUUUAUAAUGGCAAAGUUUUAAGGUGGAGCAUUUUGCAUUGGUUAUUGAAGGUUUUCAAUAUCUGCACAGUGAAUCAUCCACAGCUGCUGAACGCUAAGCGUAUUGAUUAAACACAAAGCUUAGACUUUGCUCAGAAACCUCUAUGGGACCCUUGCUGUAAAUAUUUUUGUGUUUGUUGUUAUGCUAAAUAAAUCUAAAGGUGUAAAAUGA